AUGAUGAACAAUCUCAACCUUGUUGAACCAGAUUACUCUGAGUUUGUUGAAGUUGAUCCUACUGGAAGAUAUGGAAGAUACAAUGAAGUCCUGGGCAAAGGAUCUUCAAAGACCGUUUACAGAGGAUUUGAUGAGUACGAAGGUAUAGAAGUAGCAUGGAACCAAGUAAAGCUCUACGAUUUCUUGCAGAGUCCUCAGGAACUUGAGAGGCUCUACUGUGAGAUUCAUCUCCUUAAAGCCCUAAAACAUAAAAGCAUCAUGAAAUUCUACACUUCUUGGGUCGAUGCCGAGAAUCGACACAUUAACUUCAUCACUGAAGUGUUCACUUCUGGUACCUUGAGACAGUAUAGGCUAAAGCACAAGAGAGUGAACAUAAGAGCAGUGAAGCAUUGGUGUAGACAGAUCUUGAGAGGCUUAAACUAUCUUCAUACCCAUGACCCUCCUGUAAUUCACAGAGAUCUCAAGUGUGACAACAUUUUCGUUAAUGGGAACCAAGGAGAAGUCAAGAUUGGGGAUCUUGGUCUCGCUGCUAUCUUACAAAACCCUCACGCUGCUCAUUGUGUCGGGACACCAGAGUUCAUGGCUCCUGAAGUCUACGAAGAAGAAUAUGAUGAAUUAGUCGAUAUCUACUCGUUUGGGAUGUGUGUUUUGGAAAUGGUAACAUUUGAUUACCCGUACAGUGAGUGUACUCACCCUGCUCAGAUUUACAAGAGAGUUAUAACGGGCAAGAAACCAGACUCAUUAGACAAGGUGAAAGAUCCCGAAGUUAGAGGCUUUAUAGAGAAAUGUUUGGCCACUGCAUCACUUAGGCUCUCUGCUCGUGAACUACUAGACGACCCUUUUCUUUGUAUCGAUGAAGGUGAAGCCAAUUUGAGACCAGUAGAGAGCGAAAGGGGUCGGAGAGAUGAAGCCGGGACUCUUCUUAUGCAUUCUUAUCAUAUAGCUGACCAUUACUUCAACGACCGAGCCAAAGGAAACUCUUUUGAUCAUCCUCACUACUCAAACGGUUACUACAGCCACGAUGAUCAAAACCAAUGGUCUUACCAUGGAGAUGAGAUAGUGGAGUCGCAUGGAAUAGAUGUCUUUGAGUUUCGAAACGAUGAUCAUGAAGAAGAAGAAGAAGAUAAGAAGUUUGAUAAUGUCCAUAUAAGCAUAAAAGGGAAGAGAAGAGACAGUGGUGAUGGACUGUUCCUUCGACUCAGAAUCGCCGACAAAGAAGGGCUUGUCAGAAACAUAUACUUCCCGUUUGACAUCGAAACCGACACUGCAAUUAGCGUUGCGAGAGAGAUGGUGGAAGAGCUUGAGAUGGACGACCGAGAUGUCACAAAGAUAGCCAACAUGAUCGAUGGAGAGAUUGCUUCUCUGGUUCCUGAAUGGACAUCUUGCCUCGAGUUCUGCAACUGCGCCUCGAACCGUUCCACAGUGGGCUCAGUCAUGGGCUUCAAUGUGAGGCAGUGUUGUAGAAACGGGUGUGAAGAGAAGCAUGGACGGUUUGAGGAGAUCACCUUUGGGACAAAACCACUCUGA